ACUCAUUUCUCAAGAUCAGCUGUUGUUUUGAUAAGAAAUGGUUAAACUGAAGUUCAAAUAUAUUUAUAAAUAAAUCUUUAAAGCAAUUAAAAUGUCAGAGAGUGCUAAUUUACGACAAAAUUUACAAAAUAUCCCUUCAAUAUUUGAGAUAAGUGCCGCUGAAACGCUAGAUUCUCUUAUAUAUCCUGCACUUAGUAAAAUAUUUGAUUACCUUAAUCUUGGAGUGGACUUUAAGCUUUUAGGUGCAUACAGGUUAAAAGGAGAGGUGUCUCCCAUAUUGACAUGGGUACUCCAAUAUUUAUAUUUGCGCAACAGAGACGCUUCAUUUGGAGAAAGUUUCUAUGGUUUGCAACGAACAGGAAUGACAUCAGGUGAAUUAAUGACGCGACAGCAGAAAUUAAUAUCUGCCAGUAUCUUAACAUUAAUGCCAGUCUUGGAGCGGCAUUUGAAAACACGCAGCGCUCAUCACGAAGACAUUUCAAUUUGGGAACGACAUACGCUGAAUGUUUUGCGUGCGUACCAUGCUUCUAAAGCAAUACACACCUUCUUAUAUCUAAUAAAAUAUGCCGGAAGCCACUCUCCUAUUUUUCGAGCAUUAAAUUUAUCAUUGAGGUAUCCUAACGAACCACCAAAAGACGACAAGAUCACCUAUGUAUUUCUCAAGUUACUCGAAGUUUUUGCUUUCUUUCUGCAAUUCAUUCAAUGGUGGUAUUCUAAUGAUCAGCGACGUAAAAUAGGAGGAACCUUAAAAAAUCCAGUGCCAUUUAAAAAUAAACCUGACAUGUCUAGAGAGAAUAUUCACCCAAAGGGCGAUUGCCCGGUGUGUCUCAUGAAAAUUCAAACACCCACCGCGUGCAGCAUAUCUGGAUAUGUGUACUGCUGGAAAUGUAUAAUUUCCCACUUAAAAGAACGUUCUAUUUGCCCAGUUACUGGAUACAAAAUCACACUGGAUGAUUUAGUUCGAAUUUAUGAAACAUGAUAAUAUAUUGAUCUCUAUUGCUAUUCACUCAUUAAUAAAUUUAUUUAAGCUAUACAUUUAAUAUAUAGUAGACUUUAGUGUUACAGUCUUUGUGGCUUUGGUUAGAAUUUACCUACAAUGUUUUCUCAAAAUUAAAAACAAUAAAGUAUAUCUAAUAUCUCA